CACAUUUGGAUAACCUUUUUUCACCUACAAUUGCUAGCCCUGUUGAUCUUUUUUGGACGGCACCUUGGAUUGGAUUUUAUUUUUUUACCUUUUUCUGAUUGGGCUACACACAGGGCAAGCAAAGGGGAGGAGGUGGUAGUCAAUUAUGUAUGCUAAUAUUACAGUUGGAUACCUGUUAUAAUGUCUGCACUUCUAUUUUGUGGUAUGCUUGAUAAAUGGGAAACGUUGCACGUUUGCACGAAAUAAAUAGCAAGGGGUAACCCUGCAUUUCAAUUGCCUUGAGUGCCAGUGUAUUUCUAUACAAUUUUCCUUUGGGGGUUGCCGUUACCCUCUUACAUUGUGCACUAGGCCACCUGGAGAAAGGAGGGAGUGUGCUCAGCUUUACCUUGUUCCAGAGUCAGCAAUGUUCUCAUGCAACUACGUCUCUGUAAAAAUAAGAACAUUAACUCUUUUCGAGAGUGCAGUAAUAAUUUUAAGAUGUCUAUUUUUCCCUCUAAAGAAUGUACAUUUGAAAAAAAUACAGAGGACAUUACCAGUCGAAUUUGGUUUCUCCUCAGCCUGGAUGAUGUAAAUAUUGGAAAAAUUGUGAUAAUAAGGAGAAAAAAAUGAGCCUAAGAUCCUGGUUUUUGGUAAGCAGUGGGGGCACACGCCACAGGUUGCCCCGAGAAAUGAUUUUUGUUGGAAGAGAUGACUGUGAGCUGAUGCUACAGUCAAGGAGUGUGGACAAACAGCAUGCUGUGGUGAACUAUGAUUCCUCUAGUGAUGUGCAUAUGGUAAAAGAUUUGGGGAGCCUUAAUGGGACCUUUAUAAAUGAUGUUAGAAUUCCUGAACAGACAUACAUUACCCUGAAACUUGAUGAUAAACUAAGGUUUGGUUAUGAUACUAACCUUUUUUCUGUAGUGCGCGGGGAAAUGAGGGUCCCUGAAGAAGCACUUAAGCAUGAAAAGUUUUCAAGUCAGCUGCAUUUUUCACAAAAACCACCUGAGAUCGAAGGACCCAAACAAACUGCCUCCAGACCUCCUGAUUCAAAAGUAAAUGAUACUCCUGUCAACGUACUUCAGAAGGCUGUGGAAACUGUGAAGUUAGAAGAAAAGUUGGCUGUGGACAUGUCAGCAGUGCCUCGUGGUACACCGUUGUAUGGACAGCCCUCUUGGUGGGGAGAUGAUGACUCUAGUGAAAAUAUACAACACUGCAAGGAAAGCAGGCUACAUGAACCUGGUAUUUCAGGCCACAGCAAGGAUACUAAGGAAGAUGGAGAUGAAGGCACUGAAGGAAAAGAAGAAACAUUGUUUCUGCUUUGUAGGGAGCCAAGUUACUUUGAGAUACCUACAAAAGAAUCUCCUCAAAAAUCUGAUGUUGAAGAGAACAUUAUCCAUGAAAUCCCAACCAAAGACACACUUUGCUCUCAUGCACUAGGUGCAGGACAUGCAUCAUUUACAAUUGAGUUUGAUGAGACCUCUCCAGGUAAAGUAACCAUUAAGGAUCAUGUUACAAAAUUCACUCCAGAUUAUCGUCAAAAAUCAAAGAAAACAUCACCAUCAUGUGCCAAGGAUCUUUCUGCGUUACAAACAGAGAUGAUGGCUGCAGAAAGUAAAGUUGCAGAUUGGUUGGCACAAAACAAUCCAACGUGUCUGAGAAAAGGCGCGCCUGAGGACGAUAACAAGAGUAUCAAAAGUGAUGUUCCGGUUUACCUGAAGAGACUGAAAGGACACACACAUGAUGAUGGAACACAAAGCGAUUAUGAAAAUAGUGGGACUCAAAAGCGUUUCAGUAAGAGUUCUAAUUUUGAACAUUUAAGAUCAGGCAAUCUUGAACAGAAGAAGUUAAAAUGCCAUUCUUCAGGAAAACACCAAGAAACAAGUCAAACUGCUUUUAUGAUAGAAUUUUUUGAUGAUGACCAUCCUAGAAAGAGGCGUUCAUAUUCUUUUACACAGAAUGCAGGUGCUGCUGGUCCAGAAGCUCCUUAUCCUAUCCCACAGUCAAAAAUUGAAAAGGUAAAAGCUGCUUCUGCUGACCACAAACUAUUAGCAAUCGAUUUACAAUCUGGUACAUCAUCUCAUAGAGUGAUCCACAGCACACAGCAUGCAAAAUUGUUAUUGAAACAAAAAUCCGAAGAACCAUGUGCACCAUUAAUGCUGGCACAAAAUGUGUUAUUAAGAAGCUCUGGAAGUCUUGGACAUCGACCAAACAAAAAACGAGUCAUUGGUGAUGAAUUAGAAAUCCCCUCUGUUUCUGGUUGUGAUAAAGUACAUGUUGAUGACCAAGCGGACAAAGUGAGAUAUACUAAAGAAUGGGACUUACGAAGUCAAGAAGCAGCUGACCCUUCCAAAAUUAUUGACAAGGAAACUUCUGCUGGAAAAAAACGCUGGGUUUCACAGUGGGCAAGUCUUGCUUCAAAUCACAUAGGACAUGACCAGGAAAAUGGAAGAUUUGAUGUACCUGCUGCUAUUGAAAAUGAUGCAGACAUUAGUGAAUCAGGAAUGUCAGUUAAAAGCAACAGUUCAGCAGCAUCUUUAACUACUCAAAAUGAUCGUGUCAGGAGAACAUUACCCCAGCUCCCUAAAGAAGAAAUAAUGGAUAAGGUUUCUAAAAGUAAAGAUGCCACACACAGAUGGGAGAUUGGAGAAAAACAAGAUACAGAAUUACAGGAAAAAGAGACACCAACUCAUGUACCAAAGAAAGAUAAGUUAAACUCAUUAGAAACAAGAUGUAUUGUAAAAAUGGACCACAUGGGCAGUGGUAACACUCUGAAGUUAGAAUCCAAACCUAAACAUGACCAGGCUGACCACAAGCAAUGUACUUCCAGUAAAUCUUCCUCAAUGCAAAUAACAGUCAAGCCCAUCAAAGCAAAAGAUGAUUCAAAAUCUCAAAAAAAAGAUAUGCAAUCAAAUCAUACUGAAGAUGGAAGGAAAAUAGAGACUGCUGAAUCUGAUAGAAAAGAUACUGCAAAGUCUUUAGUAAGACAAGGUAGCUUUACAAUUGACAAGCCAAGUACAAAUGUUCCUAUUGAGUUAAUCCCCCGUAUUAAUAAACCUACUGGAUCAUCUCCUACAUUUGCCUCUGUAAAUAAUAUAACAGGGAGAAGCGAUUCUGUAGACACUGACUCUAGCAUGGAUACAACAUUUCUUUUGAAAGACACAGAAGCUGUCAUGGCUUUUCUUGAGGCAAAGUUGAAAGAUGACAGCAAAACUGAUGAUGGCCCAGAAACACCAAGCUAUAACCAAGAUAAUUCUAUUUCUCCUGAAUCAGAUGUUGAUACAGCUAGUACCAUUAGUCUUGCUGCUGGCGAUGCAGAAAAAAAAUGCCCACAAAAACAAAAGACAUUCAGCAGUCUUUACAAAGAGACAUCCUCUUUUGCUUCCAAAGACUUUUCAAAAUCUGCAUCUUUAAACCGAGAAAAAAUUGACAAAAAGAAUAAAGGGCGAGGUCAUGAAGUUUCAUCUAGAACAGAUAUCCAUAAAACACUGCAAACAAGUCAAACAAGAAAUAGGCAGCCAUCUGUAGGUGUAACUGAUGAACAAACUUCUAGACUCUCAUCAGUGUCAGAUAUUGUAUCAUCUGAUCAAGAAACAUACUCUGGAAAGUCAGUUCCAAAAUGCAAGUUUAAUGCAGCAGAUGAACUUUUGCAUUCCAAAAUGACCAAAGAUAAAGGUUCUUUAGCAAAAUCUAUUACUCCUAGUAAAUCUGUUACACUCCCAAGACCACGUCCCACUAGGACUUCACUCUUGCGUAGAUCACGCUUAGGCGAGGCUUCAGAUUCAGAAAUUGGUGAUGCUGAUAAAGCAUCUGUUGCUUCUGAAGUAUCAACUACGAGUUCAACAUCAAAACCGCCUUCUGGUAAGAAAGCUCUCUCAAGGAUUGAUUUGCUUGCUCAGCCCCGUAGAACAAGAUUGGGUUCUUUUUCAGCCCGCAGUGACUCUGAGGCAAUAAUUUCAAGAAAUCCUGGUUCUUCUCGUACUCCAGAUUUUGUAUUUAGAAGUGGUUUAAAAUCUCACCCUCCAACAGACCUUAAAGGAUCUACUCGAGCCAGAGCCAACAGCAUUUCUCGCUUAUCAGAUACAAAGACCAGAUCGACUGCACCAACUCUUAGUUCUCCUCCUUCAGUGAAUGUCCGGUGGAGACGCACUCCUCCAGACUAUGCUUCCACUUCAGAAGAUGAGUUUGGAUCUAAUCGAAACUCUCUUAAACCUACGCGGCUUCGUACUUCUCCAGCUAAAAGUCAGAGGUUGCAUUCCACUGGUAUCGGUACAGCAAUUCAACCUGCUACUUCAAAUGCCUCAACAUUUAAACAUAGGGUGAAAGAGCAAGAAGAUUAUAUUCGUGACUGGACUGCACAUCGAGAAGAAAUAGCUAGAAUAAGCCAGGAUUUGGCUCUUAUUGCUCGUGAAAUUAAUGACGUGGCAGGAGAAAUAGAUUCAGUAACAUCGUCAGGAACUGCUGCUAGUACUACAGUAAGCACUGCAGCUACAACUCCUGGCUCAGCCAUAGACACAAGAGAAGAGCUGAUCGAUCGAGUUUUUGAUGAGAGUCUGAAUUUUAGAAAGAUCCCUCCUUUAAAUCAGUCCAGAACACCAGAGGCAAACUUUCGAUCAAGUGAUUCCAAACAUCAACAGAAAGAAAUUUCUGAACCUCAAGCAAUAACUAGAAGGAAAACUUGGAGCAGAGAUGAAGCUAUGGGAGAUAGUUUAUUGCUUUCUUCAGUAUUUCAGUUUUCUCGGAAGAUAAGACAAGCCAUAGACAAAACAGCUAACAAAAUAAGGAUAUUGUUUAAAGACAAGGAACGAAACUGGGAUGAGAUUGAAAAGAAGUUACGUGCAGAAAGUGACAUUCCAAUCUUAAAAACCUCAUGUGUGGAAAUCUUAUCAAUACUUCAGGAGCUAAAGCGAGUUGAAAAACAGCUUCAAGUAAUCAACAUCAUGAUUGAUCCAGAUGGAACUUUGGAAGCACUAAACCUAUUGGGGUUCAGCAACUCAAUAUCUCCUGUUGAGACAAACCAAAAUCAAAGCCGCAUUCUUUGUCCUGCUCAUUCUUCAACACUGUUGUUUCAACCAGAAAAGAGGACCAGUCAGUCAAAAAUAACUUCUGUUUCCUCUGAAUUUAGUGCCGAGUCUGAUCCUGAUUUUGCCAUACAUUUCAAUAGGUUCAACCCAGAUGGUAAAGAAGAUACUAUGUCACAUGAAUAAAAGCCAUUACUAGUAAUUUGCAUUUGUGUAAUGGAAUACCACAGAAACCAUUUUUGUACCCAAAGUGUUAAAUGUAUUUUAACACAGCACAGUUUUAGAAUCUCUUUUCCCUCUUUUAAAACAUUAAUAUACAUAAUAUUUAAGCUUUGCAUCUAUUUAACCUUUCAAAUCUUUUCAAAUCUUCCAUUCAUAAAAUUAAGACUUUUAACCUAUUCUUUCUCCAUAUUAUUUGCAUGGCACUGAUGUAUGAGAUUCAUGUUUGUACAUGUACAUAUAUACAUAUUUGAGUGUACAUUACAUACUGUAUGUGUGUGUGUGUGUGUCUGUGUGUAAUGAUUAGUAAGGGAAUUUUUGGGCUUAACAACUGUGGGAGCAAGUACUGUGUCACAAUUCUUUCUUUAGGAACAUUUGGCCUAAAAUACACCCGGGGAAGCUACAUAGAGGAAUAAUUUGAAUAUUCACAUUUUUUCAGUAGUCAUUACUACUGCUCAGCAGAAUGUUUUUAAAAUCUUAGAAUAAGGUUUAAUUUAAGUUUAUUGUUAAACAACACUUCUGCAUUGUUCCUUAUGGUGGAAUUUUGCAACUAACUGUUUACUAGGCACUGCAAUGCUUCACUUUCCAAUGCUAAUGCAUAUAGUAAGAUUAUUAGCAAGUGAUUUAGCUAAAUACUGUAAAUGUUGCUCUCCUUAUGCAUUAUAGUUGCAACUAUGAGCUAAUUAGUUUUGUUUCCCAUUUUAACCCUUAUUAUAAACUAAAUCUAAACUGUUAUGGAUAUAUUUAUGGAUUUUAUAGUUAGCAACAUUUUAGAGUAAUUUCCUGGGACACAAUAUACUUCUUGCAAGAAUUGGCCUGAUAUGGAACAAACCUACUGCAUAUGACUUAUGUGUUGGUCAUAAUUAGAGCAAUGCUAUUGUCUUUCUUCAAUAACUUUAUCUUACACAGUAAGAGAAGACACAGCACAGAUCAUCAACUUGGCCCAUGAUAUAAAAACGGGGAUUUACACCUCUCUGAAAUACAGUGUAAAAUCCAUGAAAAAUAGGUAAUUAUGAUAUUCAGCCUUUAAAUGUAGUGUUCUAAACCUUCAACUUCUACACACAAUAUAUUAAUUUAUCCUAAAAGUAAAUAGUUUUGAUAGUUUGGGCUUACUGUGAAACAUUUUGUUUAUCUUGUGUAACUUACAAUGGUCAAAAGUCAAAGUGACUUUGAUGUAACCAAGCCAAAUUUACCUCCUAUAUUCUGUAAAAGUAAGAAAUGUUUUUUACCCUUAUAAACUAAUGUACCUUUAUUGAGAAUAUUAUUCAUGCUGCUUUACAAAGCACCUAUUUUUUCAUAUUAGCCAUCAUAGAAAACACAUACACAAACACACUUCUGUAAGAAAAACUAGACAUGAAUGCAUAGCUGGAUGCAAUUUAGUCAUGCUGAGUAUGUUUUUGUUUUUUAAGUUUUCGAUUUUAAAAAUAUGUUUGUCUACUCUAAAUUAUAUUAUUUUAAAAGGUUAUUUUUCUGGAUACUGACUAAACAUUACACCGAAAAAACUGAAUAGAUGUGAUACUGAAAAAUAGUUUACAUUAUUAAGUUUUUGAAGAAACCUAACUAUGCUGUAACAAUAUAUUUUUUAAUUAAAUGUGUAAACUUUUUUUUCCUAUGUAGGCAGAAAAAAGGUAAAUCCAACUAGAAAACCUCUUUUGUAUUUUAAUUUGUAAUGUUUGUUUUUUUCUUUUUUGCAAUAUGUGCAAUUCUCACUGUGAAACAUUUUCUAACUGGAAUACUGUUCACAGUGAACAUUAUACAAGACAAGCAAGUGUUUAAUCAUAAAACAAAACACAGAUACAGCUAGGUAGGUGGGUAUUUUGUAAGAUAAUAUUAUAGUUCCAUCAAAAAACACUGUUCCUAUUCUUGUGUUCAAUAUUAAAUAUUUACAGUAUUGCUACA